AUGAUGAAAACGGUUGUUCCAGAAGUAAAAACAGUACACUGUUUUCUGUGUAAGAACACAAAGAGAGAGAGAAGAGGGAGCAAGAAGCUAACUUCUACGAUACGGCUAAACGGGCUAAUGAAUUAUUAGAACAAGUUUUAGAAAGAGGGGAAACUAAAAUCCAUUGCUUGUCCUCUCAACCGAACCUUUUUGGUGUUAUUUCCAGGGUUCUCAGGUUGACAUGAAAUUUAAAGCUAACCUUGUUCAGAGUUUCAAUUUGAGAAUUGAACAUUCCUAAUUCAGCAGUCAACCUAGUUUGUUCUUUGGCUUGGACCGAUCAGGUUGUCAUGAAAAAUAUGGCCGAUUAUGAGGUUUCGCCAACAUGAUGGUUUGUUCUCCCAUCAGCACAUGUGUUAAGAAUGUUGUCCACUUGAGGGGACGGAUGAGCAGCAGUCUCCGCAGCAUCAUUUCCUGCGGACCAUCCAGUUCCUGCUGCUAUUGUUUAUACUCUGGAACCAAGGUGAAAUAUACUGGUCUUUCUGUUUCCAAUACAACGUCUGUUGGCUGCCAAGAAUUCCAAGCAGGCUACUUCUGCUCAUCUAGGCGAAGUGGAAAAUUCCAGACUCUAACAAUUAACGAAUCAAUUAGUAAUAAAGAAAAACUUAAAAGACAGCUUGAAAUUUCUUGGGCCGGUCAAAGUAUGAAAAUGAGGCUUUUGCUGUCCAAACAUGGAACAUUUCAAAAAUUCAAAUGCAUUGGAGGAUCUCAAUCCUGGCCUCCAGGUUCUGUAUCUGCUGGCUUAGCUUUUGGUUUGUUAAUUUGUUAUUCGAGUUCUGAACCAGUACAUGCAGAAGCUGGUGGGGCAAAGCAGGGAAAGGAAGAUGAGCAUGAUUCUUCUCAAGCUCAAUUCUCUCAUGGGAAAAAGGUCUAUACCGAUUAUUCUGUUAUUGGAAUACCUGGAGAUGGAAGAUGUAUGUUUCGGUCGGUGGCUCAUGGAGCUUGUUUAAGAUCUGGGAAAUCAGCUCCAAGUGAGCAAGUUCAGAGGGAACUGGCAGAUGACUUGAGAGCUAAAGUUGCAGAUGAAUUCAUCAAACGAAGAAAAGAAACGGAAUGGUUUGUUGAAGGAGAUUUCGAUACCUAUGUAUCACAUAUAAGGAAGCCACAUGUGUGGGGAGGUGAACCUGAACUGUUCAUGGCUUCACAUGUUCUCCAGAUGCCGAUCACGGUCUACAUGUUUGACAGGGAUGCCGGUGGCUUGAUUGCCAUUGCUGAGUAUGGCCAAGAAUAUGGUACUGAAAAUCCGGUCAGAGUUCUGUACCAUGGUUUUGGUCAUUAUGAUGCGCUGCAGAUGCCUGGAAGUAAACCAGGUGACUCAGCAGCAGCUGGGAGUCGAGCUCUGUUUGAAGAUGUAUAUGGGCGUAGGAUGAGAUUGAAAAUAGUGAUGUUGAUCUUACUUAUUGUAAUGAUAUUGGAUAAUUUAGUUAUUAUAUUAAAAUUAGUGGAGAGAUUGAAAAUGAAAAUGAAAAUUUAUGUUUAAAGUCUGUGUUAAUUA